AUGGCGUCGUUGAAGUAUACUCAUGCCGUUGUGAGUCGUAUACCAAAUUCGUUUAAAUCUAAGGAUAUUAAUUUUGAAGAAGCAAAGCGACAGCACGAAAAUUAUGUGCGGUUACUUCGGAAUAUCGGAUUGGACGUCAUAGAACUCCCACCUGACGAAUCUUUACCAGAGUGUGUGUUUGUUGAGGACACUGCAGUUGUUUGUAAUGGUAUUGCAUUGAUUACAAGACCUGGAAAUCCUGCCAGAUUAAAAGAGGUAGAAACUAUAAGAGCAGUCCUAAAAAAAGAAUUAGACCUUCCCAUUGUUGAGAUCAGUGAUGAAAAUGCCAAGCUAGACGGUGGUGAUGUGUUGUUUACAGGUAGAGAAUUCUUCGUGGGCUUAUCUAAGUGGACAAAUGAAGCAGGAGCAAAGGCAGUGGCUGCUGCCUUCCCUGAGUAUCCUUGCACGCCUAUCAAGGUUGGAGACACUCAGCACCUGAAGUACAUGGUCAGCAUGGCAGGUCCUGAUGUAUUCUGUAUCAGCAUGAGCAAAUCCUCUCAGGAAGUUCUUAAAAGGAUUCAGAGGGAGGCGACAUAUGGCUACCAAAUACUAACGGUACCUGAAGAGGCGGCGGCCAAUGUUCUGUACAUCAACGGCACCCUCAUACACAGGGCGGACGAAGAGAUUCCGGAAAGUGCUAAGGUGUUCUACAACAGGAUAGACUUCUCCAGACAUGCCGUCAAUGUCUCAGAGCUAGCGAAGACAUCCAACAGCGGACUUAGCUCUUGUUGUCUGUUACUACGGAGAUCUAGACACAUUCGCAGUCUUUAAAAUUGCAUCUUAUUGUCUAUCUCUUCCCUUCUGCCCUUAGUGCAAACCCAAUUUGAGUGAGUGAAAUCAAUCAAAGUAAUCUAAGUAGGAUGUUAAAACACAAAUACAUUCAAUUACUUUUCUAAAAAGAUUAUUGAAACAAAGUUUUGUUAAAUAAUUGUGGUUAGUCUAAAAUACAGAGUUAAUAGUAUUAAUUUGAAUACCGUACCUUGUACCAAAGAUAAUAAUUAUUUGGUGGUUUUAUCCAAAAAAAUUUACCAAGUGACCUGCCAAUAACUUGUGCAGUACUUUCUUGAUAUGAAUUUAGUGCUUGGGUUUGCACGAUUCCUUAUCCAUUCCCUCUUGUAUUCAAUGGUGGCUACCACAACGCUUAGCUUGGAUCUGCCCUGAUGUCAAACAUCCUUAGAUAUAAGCUACGUUCAAAACUAUCUUCCUUUGAAUGCAACGUGUAUGCGAAUUGUUAAUAGCUUUUUCAGAUAGGACUCAAAAUUCAAAGAGUUUAAACUGAACGCUGAAAGCUUGAAUUACUCUUAGUUUUAAAUAUCAAUAUUUUUCUGCAUUAGUAUUUUAUCAAGUAAUUAAAAUCACAUACUAUAUGUGUAAAUAUUUUGAAGUUUUUCCAAAAAUUCAAAGAUGUUUCAUUUUUAAAAUUGUGGUUGUAUGUCAGUAAGGUGAUAAAAAUUGGUAAUUUUGUUUGGUUAUUGAAACUUAACCCACCAGGAUAGAUAGCCAGUAGGAUACUGAAUGAAAAUUCAGGUUAUAAUUUUAUACCAAGUUAUUAUCUCGUAAGUUGGUGUUUAAGUACAAUGUAGAAUGUGUAAUUGCGGAUUAGAAUUGAAAAUUAGCUAAUAGCUAUCCAAAUUGUCUUCCCCCAAAUUUAGUUGUGACAAUAGAGAUUAUUGGUGUAAUUGUUCUUAUAAAAUAAGAGUAAAUAGCAUUUUAAGAACAAUGAGUGUUUGUUUUAUUGAGACAAAUGUGUUAGAAAAAAGUACAAUUUCUAGCUUUAGAAAUGAAUAUAAUUUAUUUUUUACAGUUUUUACAUGUGUUAUUAAAUAUUUUUGUUUGUUAUUCCAAUAAGGUCCCAUAAAUACUUUACUUAGGCCAAGUUUAUUAAUUUAGCUUAUAUUAUUUAUUAUAAAAAUACAUAACUGAUAGACUUAAUAUUUGUUCACAAAGCAAAAGAACCGAAGAAAAUAUGAAGCUUCUCUUUUGUUUGAAAUCGUAGUAAUAGUUUAUUAAGCUGUAUUUGUGUAAUAAUUUUUUUAGUGUUUAUUAACAAACAAUUUGUCAAAGUCAAACUCACAAAGCAUUCAAUUUCACCUUGUAUUUAGUUCAAUCAAAAAUGUGACUACAAACUACAACUUGUAUUCAAUUAAUAUAUGAGUAAUUUGAGUUCAAAAUAGUAGUGGGAUCUAUACCCCUAAAAACUAUUUUACUUUUGCAUUUCAAGCUUUGGUUUAUUAUUUAUGGCUUUUUGUUAAGUAAGUAAGCUUUCAUUCAAUGUUAUUGUAACUACUGCCAGCGUAUAUUAAGUGUCUUAUUUUGCAAAACAUUGACCAAACUACCUAGGGGAUUUUAGUUGUACUAGUAGAAUAUAAACUAUUAUUUAAAAAAAACUAAAUUAAUUUAUUAUUUAAUGUUUUAUCAAGAAACAACCUUACAACAUUGUUUGGUAAUGUUAUUUUCAUGAAACUCUUAUAACAAGUUAUUGUUCAACACUUAUCAUUGUUAAUAGCAAAUAUUUUACCCUCGUAUAUUUUGGGACUUGAUACAUCCAUUGCUUGUCAGGAUGUGAUAAAACAUAUUAAUUAUGAUUCACAUUUGGGGUUUGUUAAAUCAUGUAAUUUUUAUGUCUUUGUUCUAUUAAUUGUGUUGGAGAAGCCAAUUAAACAUAAAGCACCAAAUUAUAAACAUUUUAAACAGAAACAGAAAAUAAAAAUUUAAUAACUCUUUAAGGCUGCGGCCACACGGGCGUUUUUUUCACGCACAAACGCAGCGUGAAAACACGCGAAAAAUUAGAGUAGCAUUGAAACAAAUAGGCGACCGCUACUGCGGGAAAACUUACAUUUAAUGCUGCUCAUAUUUCUUGCGUUUUUUCACACUGCGUUCUUGCGUGAAAAAACGCCCGUGUGGCCGUAGCCUAAAACAAUGUGAAGUACACCAAAUGUAGCUUACUACUGGCUGCAAUCAAGCCUGGCAAUCUUUUAUUUGUAGAAUAAAAUACAUUUCUUUUCUAAUUUAAUACAACAAAUAAUUUGUGUUUAUUGUUUAACUAGUUCUCAUUCAGUACAGGUCGUAUUCGUGAACAAAACGUCAAUUUAAUUUUCCUUACUUGUUAAAAAAAUGUAAUAAUGUAUUUUUAUGAAUAAUUUGUUCAACAUUCUACAUAGUGCAUGCAUGUCAAUAACUAAGAAGUAAUAGUGAUGAAUUAGUACAAAAAAUAUCAUUAGUGUUGAAAUCAAGUAAAAAAUUUUAGAAAACAAAUCAAAAUCUUUACAGAAUUUGAACCUUUUAAAAAAAUCAUUGGUUUUAAUUUAACUAUUCAUAGGCCUAUCGUUUUGCAAAUUGAGAUUUAAAGUGUCAAAAAUAUAAAAAUUUGGCAAUGUUUAUUUUUAUUGGUGAACCAUAAUUUACCAUAUUUGAGCAUGUUAGAUGUUUGAUACCUCCACCCCAUAGAGUAGACGUUGUGUGGAAUUGUUAGAGAUAUUUACACUGUAACUGAUGUAAAUAGGAAAAUAAUAGUUGUGAUUGACUACCAAGGGAACAAUAAAUAAAUUAAAUGCAUUUAAAUUGAGUUUGUAAGUUUUCAUAUUUUAUAACUGAUGAAAGACUGAAUUGAUUGUUAUAUAUUUUUAUGUUAUAAAAAGUAAAAAUUGUAAAAGACAGUAAUUAUUUAUCACACAAGCAUAGGUUAUAAACACCAAUAUUAUCUUUCUCGCAUUAUGCUUUUGUUAUAUUCACUGACUUAGUCUUUCGCUGUAUUGUGACACAGUGUGCAAUCAAAAAUUAAAUAUGUAAUUACCUGUUA